AACCAAUCUUUCGAAAUGCAACGUUCACUGAAGAUGUGGAUUAUACCUCUGGGUAUUUUCUUCAAUUUUGAAGGAGUGUUCGGACUUCCAGAUGUCCUAACCUUCCCCAAACGUUUCAUGUUGGGGACAGCUACAGCCGCUUAUCAAAUUGAAGGCGCAUGGAACGAGAGCGGCAAGGGGCCUAGCAUCUGGGAUACCUGGACACACAAUUAUCCUGACAAGAUAUUGGAUGGAACAAAUGGUGACGUGGCUUGUGAUUCGUACCAUCUGUAUAAAGAGGACAUCCAGUUAGUGAAAGAGCUUGGGAUGGACUUCUACCGGUUCUCCAUUUCAUGGCCUCGAAUUCUGCCAACGGGCCAUGUACAUAGGGUCAAUCAGGCUGGAAUCGACUACUAUAACAACCUGAUUAACGAGCUCAAGGACAAUGGUUUGGAACCAAUAGUCACUAUGUACCAUUGGGAUCUUCCCCAGUCACUCCAAGAUUUGGGUGGAUGGGCUAAUCCUGUAAUUGCAGAAUAUUUUGAGGAUUACAGUUAUGUUCUCUUCAACAAUUUUGGAGACAGGGUCAAAUGGUGGAUAACGCUCAACGAGCCGAACUUCAUUGCCUUGGGCUAUGGGUCCGAGACCAAAUACGCCCCUGCUGUGAAUGCUGCGGGUAUAGGCGACUACAUGGCUACACACACUAUGCUCCUUGCCCACGCCAAUGCGUACCGCCUCUACGACAGACAGUUCAGGAAGACCCAGAAAGGUAAGGUCGGCAUUAGUCUAUACAUGGAAUGGUACGAACCCAUGGGAAACACGCCUGUAAAUGUAGCAGCCAGAGACAGAGCUACUCAGUUUACGGUAGGAUUUUACGCACAUCCCAUCUUCAGUGCUGAGGGGGACUAUCCUGCCAUAGUAAAAGAGAAUGUUGCCAGGAAAAGCAAAGAAGAGGGCUACGUAAGGUCUCGACUCCCUGCUUUCACACAGGAAGAAGUCAAACGCAUAAGAGGUACCAGUGACUUCUUUGGGCUAAACCAUUACACCACAAACAUGAUUCAGCAUGAUGAAAACGCAGGUGUCGAUAGUGACGUAGUAAAAAGUGCCAAUUCAAACUGGUCUUCAGCAUCUUCUGAUUGGCUCCACGUAGUUCCUUCGGGAUUUCGUAAGGUGUUCCGGUGGAUCAAGAAAGAAUACAACAACCCGCCAGUGUUCGUCACGGAGAAUGGGUACUCGGACAUGUACAGUCUGCACGACAUGGAGAGAACCAAGUAUUUCGUACGUUACAUAGCAGAGAUGCUGAAGGCCAUAAACGAAGAUGGCUGCAAUGUAUUCGGAUACACAGCCUGGAGUCUUAUGGACAACUUCGAAUGGUCACGAGGUUACAGUGAGAAGUUCGGGCUGUUCCGUGUAAACUUCAGCGACCCUACUCUUCGUCGUAUUCCCAAAGAUUCUGCAUUCGUGCUGUCCGACAUCGCGCGUACUAGACACUUGCCUUGGUCCCUGGUGGCGAUCACUACAGACCUCGAGGAAGAAGAUUCCAACGAUGUGAAAGAGCACGAUUCAAAAUCAGCAGCAGCGAGUUACCGGCGAAUUCCUCAUCAUUAUAUAAAUCCAUUCCUGUUUAUAUGCCUGAUAGCAGAAGCCAGUUUCAUGCUAAACAACAGAGGUUCAACACAGAUCCAGUUGAACCAUUUCGUUGUUCCUUCCUGUAGUGCAACAGGAGACGGUGAAGGAUUCAGCAUGAAGCGGUUCUGGGUUUACAUCAAUCUCAUAACAAGCGCCUGGGGAAUUUCGCACCACAACGUCUCCAAUCACACGUUCCCAACAGACUUCAUGAUUGGUAUAGCCACUUCGGCCUAUCAGACUGAAGGAGGCUGGAACGAGAGUGGCAAAGGAGUCAAUAUCUGGGACACGUUCUCUCACGAGAGCCCCUGGAUUGUGGACCGCUCGACUGGGGACAUCGCUGCCGACUCAUACCACCUCUACAGGCAGGAUGUGGAGGCUCUGGUUCAACUGGGCGUCGACUUCUACCAGUUUUCAAUUUCAUGGUCAAGAAUACUCCCUACUGGAUUUGUCAACGAGGUUAACCAGGCCGGUGUCGACUACUACAACAAUCUUAUUAAUGAGCUUCUGAAGAACCAUAUAGAGCCAAUGGUUGUGAUGUACCACUGGGAUCUUCCACAACAACUGCAAGAUUUGGGCGGGUGGGCUAACCCUGUAAUGGCGGAUUACUUCCAGGAUUAUGCUCGUGUUCUGUUUUCCAUGUUUGGCGACAGGGUGAAGUGGUGGAUCACUAUCAGCGACCCUCACAGCAUAUCAUACGGAUAUAGCGAGCCACAGUCAUACGCUCCUGGUGUGAACGCCUCAGGUGUGGGUUACUACCUGGCAGCCUACACUCUGAUAACUUCCCACGCCAAUGUUUACCGUCUGUACGAGCAGGAAUUCAGGAGCAAACAGAGAGGAAAAGUUGGUAUAACCUUGAAUGGGGAGUGGUAUGAACCAAAGACAGACUCCCAAGAGGACAAGCAGGCGACUGAAAUGGCAAUGCAGUUUGUGCUGGGUCUCUUUGCAAACCCAAUCUACGGCCUCAAAGGCGACUAUCCUGAUGUAGUAAAGAAUCAAGUCAAUAGAAUCAGCGCGGCAGAAGGAUACCACAGAUCUCGUCUAAGGAAAUUCAGUCCUGAUGAAAUUGCAACUGUUAAAGGGGCCUACGAUUUCUUUGGGCUCAACUAUUACACCAGCCGCACAACGAGGGCUCCUAAGCCGACAACUGACGUGAAAAACAACCCGGAUAUUAAUGUGAUUUUUGGCGAUUUCUCAAACGCUACCAAAUCUGCUGUACCAUACUAUGAGGUCGUGCCAUGGGGCCUACGUAAGAUUCUGAACUGGAUCAAGAAGGAAUAUAAAAAUGUUCCAGUAGUCAUUACGGAAAACGGUUUCUCUGACGAUGGAAAAGUUAAUGAUACGGAAAGGACUAAGUACCUCGUUAGUCACAUGAGCGAAAUGCUGAAGGCUGUACAUGAAGAUGGUUGCAAUGUGAUUGCUUACACGUAUUGGAGUCUGCUUGACAGCUUUGAGUGGAACCUUGGAUACACGGUGACGUUUGGCAUGUAUCAGGUGAACUACAGCAAUCCUAAUAUAACCCGAAUUCCGAAGAGUUCUGCAUAUGUUUUCUCCGAAAUUACGCGAAACCGAAACCUGCCUUUAGAUUACUUAAAGAUAACAGGAGAAAUAUCUGAGGAUGUGACGGAUAUUUACAGUUUACAACACAGAAACAGCACACCACAUCACUCUGCUGCCAGCUGUAAAGGGAUAUUCUUCAACUACAGUGGAUUUUACUUUUAUGUAUGGUUAGCGACAGUGACCUACGGUGGUUAUAUUUUCAUAUCGUAAUAAGAAUUAAACGCAAGAAGAACAUUUACCAUUUCUGUUGAAGCCUCAGACUGAUAACGCGGACAUUACAGGGCCCGAGACAUCACAAUAGAGCGGUAUCUGCCAUGAUGUGGAUAAAUGUAUGUAUUAUAUAUAUUGUUAAUGUUCUGUUUUGAGGUAAAACUGACAAUUUUUACUAAAACUUUUUAAUGCUAAACUAAUAGCUAUGACUCAAGUAAGUGAGAUUUAUUUUCAUAGUUUGUUUAACCCAUCGAUAUUAUUUGAGGACACUGUUUAAGAUAUA